UAGAACUGCAGCGCUCUUUCCCUAACCUCUUUCUUUCCAAGAUGACAACUAAAUGCCUUGGUUUCCUUUUGGUUCUUCUUUUGCUCGACUCCACAUUUUUUGCAGCAAGUGCUCGACGUUUUGAUAUUAUGAAGCACCCCAACUUGUGUCGCGGAGCAAUUGGGGUUUUCUUUGACGGCUUAUGUCUCGGAUCGAUCAAGGAGUCGGGUCCUAGCCCGGGUCAAGGGAACAAAUUCACUGACCAACGGACCCUUGGAGGAAGAAAGGUGUCCGGCCCUAGCCCUGGUACUGGAAACAAAGUCACAAAUGUUGAGACACUCGGAGGGGUUAAAGAUUCCGGCUCAAGCUCUGGUACGGGACACAAAUUUACUAAUGUUGAGACCAACGAAGGGAUUAAGGAUACUGGCCCCAGCCGUGAUACAGAAAACUCAUUUACGAAUGUAGAUAUACUUGCUGGGAUUAAGGACGGCCCAAGCCCUGGUACAGGAAACUCAUUUACAAAUGUAGAUAUUCUCGGAGGGAUUAAGGAUGGCCCAAGCCCUGGUACAGGAAAUAAAUUUACAAAUGUUGAGACCUUGGGAGGAACUAAGAACUCAGGCCCAAGUCCCGGUACAGGAAACAAAUUUACAGACAACAUACAUCAAUGACUAUUUCAUUGUUCUUUUUUGAAAAGGGAUUUGGAACCCAGCCUAGCUAGAAUGCUUAUUUACAUAGACUAAAAAUUCUUUAUUUAUAUUUUCAUUCUUUUCUGUUAAUUUACACAUUUUGUA